UCUUUCAGUCAGAGAAAUCACACAAACGCAACCACAAAACCCUAGCACUGUAAGCCUACACCACCGCCACAAGGAGUGGCAUACUGCCGCCAUCCGUCGCACUCAAAGUUCGCCAUCCGUCGCACUCAAAGUUCGCCAUCCGUCAUCUAGCUUCCCUCGUGCUCCAAGUCUUCAACCCCUGUUCGCUGUCACCGAUCGCAGUUGCUUCCUCGAGCUCGGCGUCCGUCGUCUUUGUCUGCUCAGCCGCGCUUCCGUCGCCGUUUGUUUGCCGUUCACGUUCGCGUCUUCGUUCGCGUUCGCUCGGCUUUCACCGUUCGCGUUCACUCGCUGUUCACCGUUCGAGUUCGCGUUCGUCUGGAAGCCACGUUGCUCUGCUUCAAACUCUGCGACCAACCCGCGCCUCCACUCAGCCGUCGAAGUGCUAUCUGUUGUCCCCGCCAUUUCUUUCAUUCAAUGGCGUCCAUGCUUUCUGCCAAGACCAACAACCUGCGUUACGCUGCUCGCAUUCUUCAAAACCAUGGCAGACCCACGUCGCUCUCUCCACCAUUCUCCCAUCAUCUUUAUCACCGUUCAACUCACCCUCACCUGGUUGGGAACCAAGGUUAUGGUAAUGGGUACUUGAUGUUGUAUCAGAGGCUUCUAUCGGGAACUAAUGCUAGUAAUGCUAAAGAAGAAAAGCCAGCACAAGGUACCUCUGAAAAAGGUGAUUCUGGUGAAGGAAGAGAGUCUGGGAACGAACGAGAUCAGAAAAGUGAUGCUGGGAAAUCAGUUCGUGGAUCGCCUAUUUCUUGGUUGAGUUUUCUUUUGCUGGUUGUCACUGGAGCUGGAUUGGUAGUAUACUACGACCGGGAAAAGAAACGACAUAUUGAAGAAAUACGUAUUGCUUCUGAGGCAGUUAAGCAGGGACCUUCGGCAGGAAAAGCUGCAAUUGGGGGGCCAUUUCACCUUAUCAACCACGAUGGGAAAUAUGUAACUGAAAAGGACUUCGUGGGCAAAUGGACGCUGUUAUACUUUGGCUUCACACAUUGCCCAGAUAUCUGCCCUGAUGAACUAGUGAAGUUAGCAGCUGCUGUUGAUAAAAUAAAGGCGAAAGCCGGAAUUGAAAUUGUACCAGUUUUUAUCUCUGUUGAUCCUGAGAGGGAUACUGUUGAACAAGUGCGGGAAUAUGUCAAAGAAUUCCAUCCAUCAUUGAUUGGGUUAACUGGUACCCCAGAAGAAAUAAAAAGUGUAGCCCGUGCAUAUCGUGUUUAUUAUAUGAAGACAGCAGAGGAAGAUUCAGAUUAUCUUGUUGACCACUCCAUAGUUAUGUACUUGAUGGGGCCUAACAUGGAAUUUGUGAAGUUUUUUGGCAAGAACAAUGAUGUUGACUCUCUGACUGAUGGAAUAAUCAAAGAGAUAAAGCAGUAUAAGAAGUAAUUCAUCUCAUUCUAUUAAUACAUCCUUUGGGGAUAAAUUGUUAGAGCUUUUGGCUUUAAGAUAGGACAUAGAAGAUUACACUAUCAAAUCUGAAUAUACUUCUAGAGAUUUGGUAUGUUUUAAGAGCGGCAAUUCAAUUAGUGUCAUUGUUUUAAUGAUUGAUAUUAAACUCCAAAAAUGAAAUCACGGAAUAUGUGAAAUUUUGGGGCCAAUUUUAAUAAAACCAUGGUUUAUACUUUGGAUUUUGAUUUAA